GAGGCAGCACCCUCCGGGGCUGCUGCUCCUGAAGAUAGCAAAGGUUAGCUGUGGGCUGGCCUGGGGCGGGAGACGCCUGCGGCCACCCGCCCUCCUCGUGAGUCCACAGAGACCCUGCACCGAGCCCCUCUGGUAUGAAUGCCUCUGACAAGCCCGCUGGGUGCCCUGCCCGAGGGACAUGCCCGGUGUUCCUGGCCAUGAGCUCGGGGACUGUCCGCUAUGCCCCAUCAGGCCCGGGUCCUGCACUUGGGAGGAGCCUGGGAGAGGAGCCGUGGGGCACAGACAGCCCACCCCAGCCAGACGAGGGCCUCCCUCCACCCCUCGCAGCUGUCCCUGUCCCCUGGAAGAACGUGGGCCCCUGCAAGGGCCACAGGGAGUCCCCAGGAUCCCUGGUGGAGGCCUCUGCAGGGGAGGAGGCCCAAGGGGAGGAGGACCCCGCAGCCGCCCCGCUGGACGUGUCCCGCCUACGCAGCUCCUCCAUGGAGAUCCGAGAAAAGGGCUCAGAGUUCCUGAAGGAGGAGCUGCACAAAGCCCAGAAGGAGCUGAAGCUGAAGGACGAGGAAUGUGAGCGUUUGUGCCGCGUGCGGGAGCAGCUGGAGCAGGAGCUGGAGGAACUGACAGCCAGCCUGUUCGAGGAAGCCCACAAGAUGGUUCGGGAAGCCAACAUGAAGCAGGCAGCAUCAGAAAAACAGUUGAAGGAGGCCCGGGGCAAGAUCGACAUGCUGCAGGCAGAAGUGACAGCUUUGAAGACUCUGGUCAUCACGUCCACACCAGCCUCUCCCAACCGCGAGCUCCACCCGCAGCUGCUGAGUCCCAGCAAGGCCGGGCCCAGAAAGGGGCACUCGCGCCAUAAGAGCACCAGCAGCACCCUCUGCCCCGUCGUGUGCCCCGCCGCAGGGCACACCCUCACCCCAGACAAGGAGGGCAAAGAGCCUGGGCUCCCCCCCCUCCUCUCCCUGCUCCUCUGCGUGAUCCCCAGCAAGGCCAUCCACCUCACCUACGAGCCAGCCUGGCAGCUCCCGCCCGGGGAGCCGCCCGCGGCCCCCACCUCUGCCACCUCUCUCUCCUUUUCCCAGCAGGUGGACACAACCCUGUUUGCAGAGUUCCAGGCCUGGAGGGCAUCGCCCACCCUGGACAAGGCCUGCCCCUUCCUGGAAAGAGUGUACCGCGAGGACGUGGGCCCCUGCCUGGACUUCACCAUGCAGGAGCUCUCAGCGCUGGUCCGGGCCGCCGUGGAGGACAACACGCUCACCAUUGAGCCAGUGGCCUCACAGGCCCUGCCCGCGGGGAAGGCAGCCGAGGUUGACUGUGGCAGCGCCAACACGUGUGCCCUGAGUGGGCUGGCUCGCAUCUGCCGCCACCGCAUCCGGCUCGGAGACUCGGAGAGUCACUACUACAUCUCCCCAUCCUCCCGGGCCAGGAUCACUGCCGUUUGCAACUUCUUCACCUACAUACGCUACAUCCAGCAAGGCCUGGUGCGGCAGGAUGCAGAGCCCAUGUUCUGGGAGAUCAUGAGGCUGCGGAAGGAGAUGUCCCUGGCCAAGCUCGGCUUCUUCCCCCAGGAGGCCUAGGGCACAGCUGGCUCAGGAGGGCUCCGAGCUGGCGCACAGCUGCCUCAAGACCAGCAGGAAGACACAGUCCUGGCGCUAGCCCUGAGCAGACACUGACAGGACGGCCAGACCGCCAGGCCAUAGAUACAGCACCAAACGCCCAUCCUGGGACAGACCAACCUGGACUUCACGAGAGGACCCUUCCGUCCUCCCCAGUGGAUUCUGCAACCACCAGAAUUCCCAGAAUGCACCAAAGACCAAGGAGCCAUGCUCAGGGGUUUAGCCCUUCGAAGGGACCCCUAGGCAGUCUGUACCCCACCAUGGUCCUGGGGCUACUGCGUGCAGGUGCCUUGUUGCUGCCACAUCUUCAGAAAGGACUAUCCUGGGGAUACCCAGGCUCCAAGUAUCCGCCACCUCGAUUCUCAGGCCCUGGGCCACCAGCACCCCCUUGUGGCCAUCAUUCACCAGUUCCAGGUGGCUGUGCAGCAGACUGCGCCCAUGGCCCUUCCCAUUUCGAGGGCCCGUGGGCGGCAGCUCUUUUCCCCUCCAGCCUGUACGUGGUUGAGAACUAAGCGUUCUUAAGAUGAGUCAGGGCCCUCCCUCCUCCCCUUCAUAAAGGCCUCCCUGUCACCUCUCUCCAUCAUGACCUGGCUACAGGAGGUCCCUGCUCCCCAAACUACUGGAGGUCUAGGUCACUUUUCUCCAGAAUUGAGACACAGAAUGGCCUAAGGACACCCCUGCCUGUUUCCAGCCCCUCGGACAACAGGGACCCCCGUACGUGGGGUCCAGUGUAGCAGGCAGGACCUGGCCCUCCCCAGCACCCAUCACAGCCCACGGAGACCAGGGUCAGGGGAUCCGACCUGGACGGGUCCCUCACCAGGCCCUGCUUUCCUUCUUGAAUGGAAUGUAACUCGAUCUCUAUUUAAUAAAGGAGGGCUUUGUUGGUAGGCCA